CUUGCAUAAGCCCUAUUAAAAUCAGCGGGCGAGGGGUGAAAGGUGGCGCGCAGAUUCAAGGGCCAGGGCGCGCGCGGGAGAAGUUGCGUAAGGGCUGUGCUCUCCCUUCCAGCAAGCCGCCGCCGCCGCCGCCUUGACUCCGGGCCUAACUCUCGCCCUCCCCCGACAGGAGAUGAAGGCGCUCGGCACCAGGCGCUUGGACCGCAAGCGGCUGCGGGCGGACAGCGCUCCCGAGGCCCCGGGCGACGAACCGCUGGCGAAGAGGCCGCGACCUCCGGUGAGGGGCAGCGCGAGUGGACGCCCUGUGGCCGGAUCCGAGAGCUCGCCGGCCGCGGACACCGACUACAGCAGCGGGGAUGACCUUCCAGCAGCGCAAUCUAUGGAGUUGUCAGUUUACGAAAGGAAGCGACUGAAAAACAUUCAGGAAAAUGCCAAGUUCUUUGCAUCAUUGAAUAUGCUGGAGACUGCCAAAAAACUCUGGGGAGAUGUUAAAAAAGCACGACAGAGGAAACUGAAUCCACUGAAGAAAGGGAAGCCUCGAAGUUCUGGAGGGCAACCUGUGGUUCGGCGUUCUAUGCGGCUGCAAAUAUUGAAAUCCACAGAUGCCCAAGUCCCAGAAUUACCGAUAGGAACAUCUGCGAUGUCAGAAGAGACAGAAGAGCGGAUCUCUGGACCUAUUAAAAUGGUUGCAAAUGAUGAAGAGGACAACAAAGUAACCGAGGAUCUGAUAAACACAUGGCUAAAGAUUAGUCAGGGAGAAUCACAGGUUAAAGUAAAGCAACCAGAAGAAUUAAAAAUCUACAAGUCCAGUUUGAAACGGAUGAUGAUCCAAGAACAUCUUGUUGCUAAAGUAACACCGAAACGGGUGUCCGCACUGGCCAUUCAUCCGUCUGAGCAGAGGUUUCUGGUGGCUGCGGGAAGCACUUACGGAUAUGUUGGAAUUUGGGAUUUGAGUUCUCGGGCUGAGGAUGCCGUUGUUGCUCAGUUCAAACCUCACUGCGGUACAGUUAACAGCCUGUGCUUUUCCCCUUCCAACUCCGCCGAGCUCCUGUCAGUGAGCAAUGAUGGGAGCAUUCGCUGCGGAAAUAUUGCUGCUGCUGUCUUUGAUGAGGUAUACGUAUCCAAUGAGUGGAAUACCUCUUCCUUUGACUUCUUGGCUGAGGAUGGGUCCACUUUGAUUGUCAGUCACUGGGAUGGUGAAGUGGCUAUAGUGGACAGGCGAACCCCAAGCAUUUCUGGAGAGCAGAGAGUGAACAUGAACUUGAAACAUUUACGGACAAUCAACAUUCACCCAGUGGAUCGGCAUUAUUUUGUAACUGCAGCUUCACAGUGUGCAAGUAUUUACGAUAUCAGAAAUCUAAAAGCAUCAUCUAAAAUGCCAGUGGCACACGUGGGUACCCAAGCAAAGAGUAUAAACUCUGCCUACUUUUCACCAGUUACUGGUAAGAGAGUGGUGACCACCAGUAUGGAUGAUAGGAUCAGAGUAUUUGAUACAAGUACCAUAAUUCCUAAGAUUCCAUGUGUUGCAUCAAUAACCCACAACAAUAACACUGGACGCUGGCUGACCAAAUUCCGAGCUGUCUGGGAUCCUAAAAUGGAAGAUUGCUUUGUUGUGGGUAGCAUGGUGAGGCCCAGGCAGAUCGAGGUGUUCCACAGCACAGGGAUCAAGGUGCAUGAAUUCAAGGAUGCUGAAUGGCUGGCAUCUGUGUGCUCCAUCAACGUGAUGCACCCAACCAAAAACAUCUUGGUUGGUGGAAACUCGAGUGGCCGACUUCACGUGUUCAUGGAUAAGACCUUAAAUGAAUAGUUGGAGUUCAACUCAGAUUGGAGGCUACCACUAUCAUUGUAAAGGGAGAGGAGGAACCUUACCACAUCACGAAAACCAUUCUCUGUGAGUUUGAUAUUCAGUAUGCCUUGCUGCUGAUUAGAUAACACACUAUAUUCCAAACUAGUCCACUGAGUGUGCUGUCUGGAAAAAUGAGAUGGAUCCCGUGAACAUCCUAGGCCUGGACUGAUUUCUAUGGCUAGUUUACCGAGUGGUUUGGAGUGUACAGUCUGUCGUCUCCCCUUCAGCAGAACACGACUCCUAUGGAAGGUUCAAUGGCACAGAAGUGCAUGUUGCUCACUGCACUGCACGCUGUUAGAUCUGGGCAUUUCCAUUACUACACGUACAGGAUACUACAAACACUUACCAGACCAGGUAACAUCUGUAGAGCAGUUCUGUUGGAAGCUCUGUGAUUGGAACAUUAUAACUCUUUCUCUGCAGAUACUACCUGAUCUGCUGAGUAUACUGUAUUUGCAGUAGCUCAUUGUUUUUUAUUUACAGCAUUAGUUUCUUUUUUGCUUUUUUUGUUACCAUAGUGCUUGAAAUUUACAAGUGUUUUCUGUACAUAUUAAAGGCUAAAGAAAAUUACGAGUGAAGUGCUUAUGGGAGGGAGUGCUUUAACUCACACAUACCUCUGAAAAAUGGGUAGGCAUUUUAUUAUCAUAACCUUUUCCCUCUGACCAUUCGGCUUUCUGUGCCCUUCACCUGCUUUACCCCCACCUCAGACUCAACAACAGGAGUAUUCACCAUAACAGCAGCCUUUUUCUAAGCCCUUAUGUGAUUACAUUUUGCCUGCCUAUAUAAAAUGGGAUGUUAACUUAUUUGGUACCAGUCCAUGGAACUUUUUUUUUUCCUCUCUGCAGGCAGCCCCUUCUGAAAUGCCAGCUAGAGUAUUUUCUGGAAGGUUGCAAGUUUGUUUUUCAACUGUAGGCAAGAUUCAACUAUUAAGUCUGUCUGGAAUUUAAAAAAUUGUUCUUGCUUUAACACUGUAAGGAAGUAGUAUCCUGUUUUAUAAUUGCUGAUGUUAUAGGAAAUUUUAAACAUACAGCUAAAAUAACUGCCUUUUUCAAAAAUAGAAGUUCUGAUCUGGUGUCUUAAUGUUCAUCUUGUUCACCACUGACCUUCAGGAAAGAAACCUUGCUGUCCUUCUCCAGUUUGAGUCAGGAUGCGACUCAUCUUCUACUUUAGGCCACAAACUUAACAAUCACCCCUGCUGUGGGCACUUUCUGGGGGGGUCCAAGAUCAAUAUGCUUCACGACCGCUGGACUAAGUGUAGACUUAGGAGGGGACUAUGUUGAAAAAUAUAUGUGCUAGGUUUUCCAAAGUUGACUCCUCCUACCUUAGGCCACAAACUUAUCAAACACCCCCAUAUAUAAACUGCACGAUAAAUCCUUCAACUGAACGGAUUGAGGUAUUAGAGUCUGUGGCAUUGUGUCGUUUAAACAAGCUUGAUGAAAAGGAACAUAUCACACAUUAACUCAACUUCCCUUCAUUCCAGCCUUAAAAACUGAUCAAACAAUGUUCCAUUACCCAGUCUAGGAUUUUGCAUGUACAGUGUCCUCUAAUCAGUACGAAAAAAAUCUUUUUUUUGGGAUAUCCCAAGAAGCUGUUGGAUUAGGGGGCAGAAUUGUUAUUUCCUUUGUAGUUCAACUUUAAGCUUGCUUAUAUUUUUACAUUAUUACUUACAUACAUGUAAUUGUUCAGUGGAUUUUCCAGUUAUUACGGUACAGUUGCAUCUGUGUUUCUAGAAGCUUCCUAGUUGUCAGUUUUCACGUCACUUGCAUCUGGCUAUUUUAUAGAUUACUUGUUUGGCGGCUGCCUGCGGGAGGACAAAUCUCAGAGUUGCAUUCUUUAAGCAUACUUUGAUAAUAAAUAUACUUUGAAUCUUU